AUGAUUAUUCGAUAUUCAAUGUUCAUUCUAUUUUUAUGGUAUUCUUAUUUAUUAAAUCAUUUUUUAAUUCAUGCUCAACAACUUUCCAAAUCUCCUCGUUUAUGUACUUAUCGUAAUAAUCUAUCACAGUAUUAUCCAUGUAUACUUAAUUAUAUUGGUCUUAAUAGUUGGUCUUUAUAUCAAUGCCCAGAUGGAUCGAUAUUCGAUGAAACAUCACAGCAAUGUUUAAUGAAAGUGCCUAUAAGUGAUACAUUCGAUCAACUUUCAUCAUCCAUAGAUGAAACACAAUUUGAAAAAAUUUCGAAUUUUAUUGUACCAAACAAAGAAGAACCAUUUUCAAUAAAAAAAAUUUUACGUGAACAUGUUGAACAUCCUGGAGGUAUAUUUUGGGCAAAUGGUUAUCCUCUAACUCCAUCAGAGGAUAAAUCAAUUUUUCCACAAGAAUCAUUAAUUAAUUCAAAAUUAAACUAUUUCUCUUCAGGACAUCCUUAUCCUACACCCGUUAGUGAAGAUGAAUUGAAAUACAAGAAAAUUUGUUAUUUUACUAAUUGGUCACAAUAUCGAACUGGUCCAGCUAAAUUUGAACCAGAACAUAUUGAUCCAUUUCUUUGUACACAUAUUAUUUAUGCUUUUGCUUAUAUUAACAAUCAAACAUUUUUAAUAAAAACAGUCGAAGAAAAUGAUGAAGAUCUUUAUCGUCGUAUAAAUGCACUUAAAAAACGUAAUCCAAAAUUAAAAACCUUAUUAGGUGUUGGUGGAUGGAAUAUGAAAUCUUAUGCAUUUUCAAUUAUGGUACAUAGUACUGAAAGAAGACGAAAAUUUAUUUUUGAUACAAUCAAUUUUCUUCAUAAACAUAAUUUUGAUGGUUUCGAAGUUGAUUGGGAAUAUCCAGGUAUGCGUGGUGGACAAUCGGAUGAUAAAUAUUAUUUAACAUUAUUUUUUCAAGAAUUUCGUGAAGCUGCAAUAGCACAAUCAAUUGUCACCGGUCAACCACGAUUAUUAAUAGCAGCAGCAGUAGCUGCUAAUCAAGAUAUUGUUUCCAAUGCUUAUGAAAUAGAUAAAAUUUCAAAAGUUUUAGAUUUUAUUAAUAUUAUGACUUAUGAUUUUCAUGGAGCAUGGCAAAAUCAUACAGGUUUAAAUGCUCCAUUAUAUAAACGUUUUGAUGAAACUGAUAUGGAUGCAAUGCUUAAUCAAGAUUUUGGUAUUGCUAUUUGGUUAAGAAAUGGUGCACCAGCUCAUAAACUUGUUCUUGGUGUACCAUUAUUUGCACGAACAUUUUUCUUAGCACAUGCAAAUCAAAAUGAUCUUCGUUCACCAACAAUUGGUAAUGGUACAGAAGGUCCAUUUACGCGUAGUGCUGGUUUUCUAUCAUAUUUUGAAGUGUGUUUAUUACAAGCUGAUUCUCAAUGGAAAAAGAAUACUGUAUUAGAUGGAUCAGAAUCAGGAUAUAUGUAUAAAGAUCGUGACUGGGUUUCGUAUGAUUCACUUGAAAAUAUACAAAAACGAGCAGCUUAUGUUGUAGCGAAUAAUCUAGGAGGAUUAUUUGUUUGGUCACUUGAUAUGGAUGAUUUUAGUGGUAUAUUUUGUCAGAAUGGUUCAUAUCCAUUUAUUAAAAAUUCUUUAUCACUCUUACCAACUAAUAUGGCUUCAUAUAUUUGA